CAACUAUCUUAGAGGCAGUAUGGUAGGAUUGAGCAUCUGUGUUUUUGUUCUGAUGCUUGUAUGUCUUCCAGAAGAAGUAUUUGGCUGUUCUUGCCUAGGAGGUGUUACAACACAGGAAUCAUUUUGUCAAUCAAAAUUUGUAAUUCUUGGAACAAUCCUGAGUAAAACAAAGACAGAAGCAGGGAUUAAUAAUGGCUAUUGGGUUUACUCAGUGAAGAUACAGGCAGAUUACAAGGGUAUGGGAUGGAAAGGAAAGGUGAUAGAUAUCUACACAGGUCCAAAUACAGCUGCUUGUGGAGUAGAUUUCUUAGAAGUGGGCACAAGAUAUGUAUUAAUGGGAUACAUGCAAUCCCAAUCAGGACCACUUUCGAAACCCCGUCCCUUCAUAGGCCUAUGUGGCUAUUUCGCAAAGGCAUCUGACGUGUCUAAAACUGAAUUCAGUGGAUUUAAGAAAUACUACAAGCCCAACUGUGCAUGCAAGAUAUGCCAUGACAAGAAUAGCUGCCAACCAGGCCAGUGCUACCUGCCUAAAUCUAAUACCUACCCAGAAGGACGUGGGCCACAAUGCUACAGAAAAAAUGCCAUAUGCAAAAUUGCUUGCCACAAUAACAAAGGUGUACCUAUGUGUACAUGGGACCUGACCAAAUAUUGGUGGGGGUGUAUGAGACAGAAAUCCAACAAGCCAUGCCAGGACUUGGGUUGCUUUUAAAUGGUUCACAAAUUAACAUUAUCUAGUGACAUUAGUCCACUCCUUUGAAGAGAAAAUUAAUAGAAACACACCUUUUGGCCAAUUACAUUUUCUAUAUAUCUCAUGUUCUGUAACUUAUACAAAAUUCUAGCAUGAAUAAAAUAUGAUGAAUAAUAAAGAAG